AUGCCAUCGUUGGGCACCUCAUCAAAGACCUCAUGCAUGAUCUGGCUGAGCCAUCUCUCCAGCUCCCUUCUGCUGCAGCCAGUGCAGACAGAGGCCAGACUCUAGGAUACCGGACAGACUGACCAGCCACGGUAGCUUGGCCUCAUGGAGCUCCAGGAGACCUUCUUCGUACUCUCCAUACUGUUGCUGUCAUCAGUGGAUGCCCAGAAAGUGAUUGAGAGGAGGCUGCAGCCCUGGCUGAUGGGUCUGACGGCCGUUGUGGGCUUCCUCUUCAUCGUCUUCGUCCUAAUGCUGGUCAACCGGUUAUGGUGUUCCAAGAAGAGGGACAAUGAGGACGAGGAGUUUGGAGAGAAUCAAUCAACUGAGAACUCCUCUGGGAACAUUAAUCUGAGGAAUAUGUACGACUCGAUAAAGGAGAAAGGCCACACCAAUGAAGCCCUGGAACUAAAUGAAAAAGCCACCGGCACCAGUGAUACUGAGAAACAUACUAGCUUAUGAGGGAUGCCUGGCCACCACGGAGCCCUGAUUUCUUCAUGCCUAUCUCUCAAACUCCAUCUUCAGCCUCAGGGGCCACUUACAACCCCAUGAGGCUCCAAGAAUGAUUGAAUCUAUAAUAAACAAAAAAUCCUGUCAA